UUCACGGGUUCCUUCUUCCCACUUCCCACUUGAUGUUUUUUACUCAGCCACACAUCCCCCAUGCCCAUUACCCACCCCAACGUACAAGCGAUGAUUCACUCACCCUAUCAAUCAAUGAGUUAGCUAGAAAGAAAUAGAAACAGAAACUUUAUCAAUCGUCUCCACCAUUUCCCUAACAGUUUACCAAGUGAUCAGUUGCGCCGCUGCUGCUUCUUAAUUUAGUCAUGUCUCCUUCUUCUUCUUCAACUAGUUGGAUUUUGGUCCAAAGGCUCUUUCUCCUAGCCUGCUUCUUCACUUCUAUGUGGCUAAUGGCCAUAGAUGGGGCUGCAACCGUGAAGGUUGGUAACAUCUCGAAAAUAGAAGAUGCCCAGAAUUACCAUAUAUACUAUGGGCAGACCUUCAAAGUCAUAAAGAAUGUCAUUGACGGCGAGAGCUAUCUUCUCAUCCAGAGUGACUCAAGGAUGGCUGGAAGGACAAGAUUUUGCACCUCAAGGAUCAGGUCAUUCGUCAUCCCCUUGUCCAACUUUUCAGCGGAUACUAACAGCUUUCCAGUUUCGUUUAUUGAGCUUCUGGGAUUACUAGGAAGCAUGAAAGGCAUGACAUCAAACUCGGUGGCUUCUGAAUGCGUAUUAAAAAUGUAUGAAGAAGGAGAAAUAAAUAUAAUCAACAAAACUGAGCUGACGCAAUUUGAAGCACACUUUGUUAGUGGUAAUGAUCAAACACAAGCUUGCAAUGUAGCAAACUUUGCUGCUGUUGGAGAGGAUUCGCCUCUACAGAGAGCAGAAUGGAUUAAGUUCGUGGGAGCUUUCACAAAUUUGGAAAAUAGAGCUAAUCAAGUCUACAAAGCAGUGAAAGACAAUUAUAUGUGCUUAACUAAAUUUGCAGAGGCCAAGGAAAAAGCAUUCAAACCAAUAGUGGCUUGGAUGGAGUAUUACAAUGGCAUAUGGUCUUUCACAAAGGAAACAUAUAAGUUAAAGUACGUGGAAGAUGCAGGAGGAGAGAAUGUGGAUGGCUCCAUAAACAAGAUAACCUAUAAUAUCUCCAAUCCAGAUGAUAUUGAAGAACUGCAUGCUAUCCUAUGUACCAUAGACAUAUUGAUUGAUGAAACAUACACUUCAGAUCCAGUUGGAUACACUCAGGCAACAUUCCUCCAAAAUAUAAAUAUUGAAGAUGAAUCUUGUUUUGGUUUUGUUACAAACCAAAGCUUAUGGAGAUAUGAUAAGAGAAUUCAAAAUCUAACUACUCUAGAAGAUUGGUUUGAUGGUGCGGUGUCUCAACCUCAGUUGGUUUUAGCUGAUCUUAUUGAGAUUUUGUUCCCAAGUGGAAACUACAACACCACAUACUUUAGAAAUAUUGCUAAGGGAGAAGGAGUUAUAAGCAUUGGCCCGAACAUGUGUGAUAGGAAUAUCUCCACAGCAAUGGACCCCAUAAUACCAGCUUGCAGAUGAUAUUUGAGGGGUUUCACUUCCCAUCUUGAUUAGAGGUUUCACCUGAUGAGUCGUUUGUAUUCACUUGCGAUUUUCUUUCUCAAAAUUAUUAAUGUCAAAAUUAUAUUUAAGUCCAAUAAAUAUAUAUUUUUUA